AUGUCGGCGCCGUGGCAGCAGCCUCCGCAGCAGCCUGCGACAAAGGGCCAGCAGUCGGCAGGCAGGCCCUACGACCCCAACGCGGCCGCCACCCCCGUCGGCGCAUCUCACUACUACGAGACGGGCGGCGACGACUUUGGCAGCGCCGAAAAGGGCUACGGCUUCCCCGCAGGCUACGGCGGCGGCGGCAAGUACCGUGGCGACGACACCGCCAUCAGCGAUCCAUCGUCGAGCGUAGAAGUCUACCCGCCACCGCCCCGCCGCUACGAUCCCUACUCGCAUCCCUCUCCUCCCAUGGGCGGCGGCCCCAGCGCCUCGGAAGACAACCUCGCCUCGGACCACAAGAGCAGCAAGAGCGCACCCAAACGGCCCAACAUGUCGAGGCAGGACAGCGAAUCCUGGGAGCGCCUCCUCAAGGGCGCCGGCUACUCGACGGGCAAGGGCGACCAGAGUGCCAACAGCAGCUUCGUCGCACUCAACGGUCGGGGCCAGCCGCAGAACCAAGGAUCCAAGAUCCACCCCUCGAUCCGCCUCUUCCUCUACAUCCUCAUCCCGACCGCGCUGCUCUGGAUCCCGGGCAUCGUGGCGCUCCUCAGCUACGACGCCUCGCCUCGCAACGACUUUAACCGCCCCACGGUCUGGAAGGUCGGCCUCUUCUGGUGGUCGAUCUGGCUCAGCUCGAUCUGGGUCGGCUGGUGGAUCUGCCGCCUGGGCGCCUACCUCAUCCCGCAGAUCCUCAAGCACACCCUCGGCUACAUCGGCACCCAACUCAAGCGCAAGAUCGACUACCUCAUCGUCGUCGAGCGCUACGUCGCCCUCUUCAUGUGGACCGUCGUCCUCUACGUUGUCUGGCUCGUCAUCAUCAUUGGCAACUUCCAAGACCCCAACAAGACGAUCCUCGAGCAGGGCGCGCUGGCGGCCAACUCGACGACCAUCAUCAACGCCUCGGGCUCCGGAUCGGCGGCCGACACGUCGUCGACGGGCAACCUGAUGGCGUCCGGCUCGCGACUGUGGUUCGGCUUCGUGCUGAGCGCCGCGCUGCUGCUGGGCGAGAAGCUCUUCAUCCAGAGCAUCGCCUACAACUUCCACCGCGUCUCGUACGAGGACCGCAUCAGCACGAGCAAGUUCCAGAUCAAGGUGCUGACGACGCUCUACGAGCACUCCAAGAACCUCAACCGCAAGGACACGUACAUUGCCGCCGAGCACGAGGCCAAGCGCAAGUCGUCGGGCAUGCACCUGGCCCGCGUCCACCUCAAAAAGACGGGCCAGAAGGCCAAGCGCGCCGUCCAGACCAGCACCUCGGUCCUCGGCACCGUCGCCAGCGAAAUCUCUGGCCAGGCCAUCCUCCAGGCCAACAACCCGCGCUCGGUCGUCGUCAACGCCCUCAACUCCAAGAAGCAGACCACCGCCCUCGCCCGCCGCAUCUGGUACAGCUUUGUGCCGCCCGGCAAGAGCGAGAUCCUCAUGGACGACAUCCUCCACUGCUUUCCCGACGCCGCCACCGCCGAGGCCGCAUUCGAGGUGUUUGACAAGGACCUCAACGGCGACGUCACCAAGGAGGAGCUCGAGUCGGCGUGCCUCGAGGCGCACCGCGAGCGCAUGGCGCUCCAGGCGUCGAUGAUCGACGUUGACUCGGCCGUCGGCCGCCUCGACUCGAUCUUCAUGAGCGUCUUUGUGCUGAUCGCCGCCGUCAUCAUCGCCGCGCUGCUCUCGGUCAAGUUUUCGACGCUCGUCACCAGCUUCGGCACCGUUAUCCUCGGUCUCUCGUGGCUGAUCGGAUCGACGGCCCAGGAGACGCUCGCCGCCAUCCUCUUCCUCUUUGUCAAGCACCCCUACGACGUCGGCGACCGGGUCGACAUCGGCGACGACUCGUACAUCGUCAAGGAGAUGCGCCUGCUGACGACCGUCUUCAAGACGACCAACGGCAAAAAUGUCAUGAUCAGCCACGCGCAGCUCGCCCAGAAACCCAUCGUCAACCUGCGCCGCUCCGGCCCGAUCGAGGAGACGUUCAAGUUUGAGGUCUCGUUCGACACGUCGUUCCAGCAGAUCGAGAUGCUCCGCUCCAAGAUGGUGCACUGGAUCAGCGGAGAGAAGCGCGACUUCCUGCCCGGCCUCGACAUCAACGUCGUCGACUUCCAGGAGCAGUCGAGCAUGCUGCUCUCGACGGGCAUCCGCUACAAGUCCAACUGGCAGCAGGGCGGCCUCAAGGCCGAGCGUAGGAACCGCUGGCUGUGCCAGUUCAAGGUCUUCCUCGCAGAGUGCAAGAUCUACGGGCCCAGCGGUGAUCCGGGCGUCGCCGCCGUCAAGCGCUACGCCCAGGUGCCCUGGCCGAUCCCCGAGGAGAGCUUCUCGGCCAGCACGGCAAGCGAAAACGUCAAAAAGACGCUCGGCGGGUCCGAGAGGACGUACCGCUUCAUGGACAAGGAUGCCAGCAUCGCCGGCCGCGACGCCUUCGACGACUACGCCCCAGACACGGCCCCGGGCACCGCGCCGCCGUCGAGGCCCGUUUCGCCCGCCAACGCCCUCGAGCAGGGGCGUCUGCGGUCGGGCUUCCCCGCCGCGUCGGCCGCCGCCGCCCCUCCCUACAUCCGCGGACCGCCGCAGCGCCAGGGCACCCAGGAGUCGUACGAGCUCAUGGACGCGCCCGUUUCCGCCAACCGCCGUCCGCUCCAGUGA